CCAUCCAUACACGGCACUGUAAAUAGGUUAUUUAAAACGUUUGGCAGUUGUUUUUACAUUACACUGUAUUGUACACGGAAGCCUGUCAGAUGAAGAGAAAGCAUAGGAUUUUGAUUAACAUCGCUGCCCACACAUAUUUCUGCUACUUGUUUGCGUGUGUGUGUCUAGGGGUUUAACCACAUCCACUUGCUGCAGGGAGUCUCAGCGCAGUCCUUCACUGACCGCAAUCGGCGGAAACGCGUUGAAAGGGAAACUUAAAUAAGCGACUGGUUGUGAGCGCGGAUCAGAUGUCUCUAAUAAUGCUUUUCUCCAGUCACUUCAUCACUAUUAUUAUCAUAUCGUAUUUUCUUAGGAGCGGGGCAGAAGCGACGCAGCCACUGAGUGCGAGGGUGAGUGUGGAUUCAGCUGCUGUUGCCGGACCCCAAAAGGCUACACUGGCCACCUGCACAGUGAUCAGUGAGAAGACGGCGGCUCAGAUGUCAUGGCGUUUGGGAUCUUUGUCUGAUUUUGUGAAUCCAUCGUCCAACAAUGUGCAACAUCUGGAUGGGAUUUUCACAGUCUCAAGCAGUCUGAUCGCUGUGCCAACUGUACAGAUGAAUCAACAGCUUGUCCAGUGUGUGAUCACACAUGAUACACUGAAAACCGAGCUAGAAAUCAAUCACAGGAUCAUAGUGCACUAUCCACCUCAACUGGUCUUUGUGACACCUUUCAAUGAUCCAUCUUAUGCUGAAGUGUUUCAGUGUGAGGCAGAUGCCAAUCCUCCAGCAACAGACUUCAGAUGGCACAGUAAUAAGGACGUGACUAUCCCGAAUGAUGCCAUUGAAAUCAAAGGAAAUAAACUCUACUUCUUGAGACUGUCCUCUGACCUCAAUGGAGUGUAUUUCUGUAAUGCUUCAAACAUGUACGGCACAGCGGUCGGCUCUCUCUUCUGGCAUCAAGGAAAAAAGAAAGAAGACUACCAUCCUGAGCUUUGAGUCAUUUCAUCAAUUCAAGGCAAAUUAAGAAGGAGCCACAGGAUACGUGUCAAUGCAGCAUUUCUCAUGCAAGUAACCAGGGCCGGAGUGGGACUCAUUUUCACCAUUGAAGUUUUUUAAUUUUGAAUUAUUUGACAUGGAAUGACCCAACUAAUGAUUACUGAAUGUGUUACGGAAUGACCAGAUUUACACUGUAUAAUCAGUUCAAAGUAGUCAAACUUUUGUGCUAAUUGUUUUCCUAAUAAAAUUAAAGUACAUUUUAGAAGUUUUAA